AUGAUUGGGAGACGACUGGGCGUGGUCGCCAUGCUGCUGGCUGUUUUAGCAUUCACUUACGCAGCUCAACCAACUUCUUUGGAUGAGAAGGUGAAAGCGCUCCAAGACCUGCUCUACCGUCAACCUGCCGUUCGAAUGAAUAUGGAUCGAUGGAAGACUUUUGUCAGACAGCAGCCCCGUAACUACAGUAUGAUCAUCAUGUUCACAGCGUUAUCGCCUGGUGUUAACUGCCCGAUCUGCAAGCCAGCGUACGAUGAGUUUAUGAUUUUGGCAAAUUCCUACCGAUAUGCCCAUUCCGAACUGAAACAGGUAUAUUUCGGUGUGGUGGAUUACGAGGAAGCUCCACAAAUCUUCCAAGCGAUGAACCUCAAUACAGCUCCAAUCAUGUACCACUUUGGAUCUAAGCUGCAGGGCAAGAAGAAGCCUGACCAAAUGGACUUCCAGCGUCAUGGAUUCGAUGCGGAUGCAAUGGCGCGCUUUGUUGCGGAUUAUACUGAUGUGCAGAUUCGCAUCUUGCGGCCUCCUAACUAUGCUGCUCCAGUUGUUAUUGUGUUACUACUUGCUCUUGUUCUCGGACUUCUCUACAUGAAGAGGAACAAUCUAGAAUUCCUCUACAAUCGCACCAGUUGGGGACUUGUUUGCCUUUGUAUCACAUUUGUGUUCCUUUCUGGUCAAAUGUGGAAUCACAUUCGUGGUCCUCCCUUCAUUAUGAACAAUCCACAAACCCGCGAGGCCAGCUUCAUUCACGGUUCGACGCAAUAUCAGCUUGUUGCUGAAACAUACAUAGUCGGUGCUCUCUACGCGGCAAUCACUUUCGGGUUCAUUCUGCUCAAUGAAGCCGCUAGUCCGAGUUCUGAAGUGCAUGAAAAGAAGAAGACAUCGAGCUCGAAACCAUUCUUUGGCGUUAACAACAACAUGCUUGCCUAUAUCGGUCUCGGUUUGGUGGUUAUCUUCUUCUCGUUGCUGCUGUCAAUUUUCCGUAGCAAGUACCGUGGUUACCCAUAUAGUUUCCUCUUCAGUUAG